CGUGGCUCCGGACCACGUAACGUAACGUCAACGUCACCAACAACCCGCUAGCUUCGCUCUCAUCUCUCUACUCUUCAUGCUACUGUUGCAUCGCUAACGGAAGAAAAGCAGCCGGUUUGAGUCGUUAACGAGCUUUAUGUUGUCUGAUAAAUUAUCCUGCUGCUGCCAAAAUGAUCUCACUCACGGAUUCACAAAAAAUCGGGAUGGGGCUGACGGGGUUCGGUGUGUUUUUCCUCUUCUUUGGGAUGGUGCUGUUUUUUGAUAAAGCUCUCCUCGCCAUUGGAAAUAUCCUCUUCGUCUCAGGCCUGUCCUUCGUCAUCGGCCUGGAGCGAACCUUCAGAUUCUUCUUCCAGAGACACAAAGUAAAAGCCACCAGCUUCUUCCUGGGAGGAGUGUUGGUGGUUCUGAUCGGCUGGCCGAUCAUCGGAGUCGUUCUUGAGAUCUACGGUUUCUUCCUUUUAUUCAGAGGGUUCUUCCCGGUGGCGGUGGGCUUCAUCAGACGAGUACCUGUGCUCGGUUCUUUGCUCAGUUUACCAGGGAUCAGUAAACUGGUGGAUAAAAUUGGCGAGAGCAACACGAUGGUAUAACAGAGGACUGGUUUUGUAUCGGAGGAGAGUUUCAGUAUUUAUCAUAGUUUCUAAUAGUGACUGUAUAUUUUGGUCGUUGCCACUCCAGAACUGUGAAUCCAAACAACGUGUAAUCGGUGGACGUUUGACUGAUAUCAUGAUGUUUUGUAUCUGACUGCCAAGAGAUUUUUUGAUUAUUUUAAAAGCUGGAAGCAGGUCUCCCAUUUUGUAUCAUUCCUGUCUGAUAUUUAUGGACUGAUAACUGGGAUCUCUGGAUUAACUCUCCUCCAGAUUGUGUGCCUGAACAGUCACUGAGAGCUUUUUUAUUAUUGUAAAGUCGAUGAAGUGUUACUGGAAUUUUGUACAUUCAAAAUAAAUAAUGUUGAGCUAAAUGUGUUUUGGGCAAAGAAACCUGAACUGUUGUGGAAAAGGUUUAAGAAGCUUACUGUAACUGUUUUACUGUAACUUUUGUAAGUGCAUACUUGGAAUAAAGUGUGUCUUUUAUAAAA